CGUCACGGAAAAUGAAAAGGAAAGUUGCGACCAGACAAGUUUCUGUAAAUCACAUUGAAAGUGAAAAAAUCAGAACCAAAGAUGGAGAAGUUGUAGGUGAAGCUUGAUACCUCAUCUGCAGACCUGUGAGAUCAACAUGGCUGAAACACACAGAGUGACAGCGCAGGGCAGGAAGAAAUGGGCUGUUCCACAGAGAAGUGCGACUGAUGAAAAUAAACCGAGUGUUCGUCCUCCUGACAGAGAUGCUGAGAGGACUCUGGCGGUUCCUUUCAGAGGACACAUCACAGAUGGGAUGCGGCCAGGGAAAAAGGUUGUAGUGAUGGGUGUUGUGGACUCCCAUCCUGACAGGUUCUACCUCGCCCUGACAUGUGGUCGUGGAACCAGGGAGCCUCCGCCUGAUGUGGCUCUGGAGGUCUGUGUUCGAUUCAAGGACCGACAAGUCCUGCGCAGAGCCUGUGAGUCUGGAUCCUGGGGAGACGUUGAAAGAGCCAUGCCUUUCUUCCCCUUCAUCAGAGACCAGCCAUUCAAGAUUGAGAUUUAUUGUGAACACAGUCGGUUUCGUGUGUUAGUGGACGGACAGAAGCUGUUUGACUUUCACCACAGACUGACGUCACUCGGCGACAUCGACACAUUAUGGAUCAAAGGCAGCAUCACCAUCACUAAACUGGCCUGAAGUAAAGGACUUCCCCGUUGAACACGAGCCCCCCUUCUCAAAGUCAUGGAUCUCAAACUGUUUGAGUCAUGAACAAACCUCCAGGACUCACCUCGUCUGAACACAAUCUGUAUUCACUCUGGACAUCAGAUGUUUAAUAUGGAGAGAAAUUAGUCUCAAUAUUGGGGACAAAUAUAAUAACCUUUCAGCAUAUUGUAAUUCAAUAUGGAUUCUGCUGGACGGCAGACUCCAGCUCGGCUCUGAUUGGUUGUUUUCCUCCGGUCUGUGAAAUCCUGCAGAUGCCAUUAGGAGCACCAGA